AGGCUUGAUCAGCUGUAGUAGCCACCUACCCGUAUCUGUUUAGAACCGUAUUCAGAUGAAUUGCACGUGGGAAGGGAAGGAAGGCGGUGGACACUUUGGUGUGAGUUUGGUCAAAAUGCACAGUUGGCCUCUUUACUAAACUACAGAUUCACAGUGGCAGAGACAAAUAAAGUAAUAAACAGUGCAGUGGUGAAGGCCCAGGUGAAACUAUGCUGAGGUUCCGCAUUUUUCUCCCGCUCAUGGCUCCCGUGCUGGCCGUGAUUGGCUGGUGGUGGUACACCUCACGUAAGAAAAAGGAAAUGGCUGCCCCGGAGGACAGGGAGGGCACAGCUGUACACGAGGCCCUGAAUGGCAUGGUGGAGACCAGAAGGGCCGGACUGAAGGUGGGGGAGGGGAACACUAGCGGGUUAGAGGAGAACCCCAUUCUGUUAGCUACAGCUGAGAUGCUCAGCACAUCUCCAGUCAUCGAGACACAAGGGAGGGUGGACACGUCCUCUCUCGCCCACCACAGGAGCUUUGCAACACAUCUAGACGCUGUCUGCUUGGAGUCCUCUGCGCAGGGGAUGCCUGAGGAACAGGCCACCCCACACUUGUCAAACUUUAGUGGUGACAAGGCGGAGGAAGUGGAGACCAGAGCAAGUGCGUGGCUGCCCCUUCCUGAUGAUGAGCAGGUCGCUGAGGACUCUGAAUCUGGCACCAGGGAAGAGCUUGCGGUUGAGCCUGCUGUGGUGACUGAGGAAAAGCAGACUUUGGUUCAGCCUCCUUCUCACUCACCUGGCACCGUAAUCAGCCUGGUAUCUGCUGAGCUCACAGAAGCAGCCGGCCCCAAACUGGAGACGGACAAAGACAUGGAGCCUGAGAGUGUCCCUGUGCCUUUCCUUGAUAACCUGUCUGUUGUAAAAGACCAAAUCUCCCAAAGCACUCCAGAAGCCCUUUGCCCCGAAGUAGUCACAGCUACCUAUCAUGUCCCGACCAUACUAGCCCCUUUAUCUGACAUGGAGGCAGAGGGGCCACCCCAGCAGAAUAGUUAUGGGGUUCCUUUGCAGAGGGACCUGGCUUUGGAUCCAGCCGCAAUGGAGAGCAAUGGGCUGGCUGCCAGUCUGAACCGUGAGCUAAUCACCUUGGAAACCCAGGAGAAACUGGUGGACAGGCUGUGUGACAUUGCUGAAGAGGUUAAUGGGAGGUCAUCGCAUCCAAGCAACGACUUUCCUCUGUCUAGUGAGCCACAGUGUACUGUAGGCCAAGUAGUGCAGGACAUUAUCCAGACAUCCAAGGAGGUGCUCUGCCUUUCGGAGGAGGGCCGGUUGGAAGACCUAACGGAGCAGAUGUCAAAUGAGAUGCGGCCUCCUGUGAAUGACUGUUCACAAUUGGUGAGGAAUGAGGUGAUGCCUCAUGCCUGCAUUGCACCUCCUGCCGGGGAGCAGGUGGAGGAGGACCGCAGCAGUGGAAUUGAGAGGGGACAAAAGAACUUCGUCCCAGAAGACUCUCCUUCCAGUCUGGGUGAACCCCAGACUGUCACAAGAACAGAUGAUUAUGGGUGCAGCACAGGCCAGUUGGAGAGCACAGGAGAAGAUGAUGACCGGACGCUAUCAGAUCAGAGUAGAAGCUGUAUCUCCUCUACACAAACUGGGACAUCCUCUGUAGCUCCAGAACAGGCUGAACAGGAAGACGAUCACACAUCCAACAGGAUGCAGGAUCUUCUGCAGGAUGGUCCCUUUCCAGAGGUACUGUCUCAGACCCCUGGGGGAGAGGGCUCCCAAGAUGGCUGCUCAGGUCCUCCCUUCCAGGAGGUGGUGGUGGAUGAUGCCACCAGUCACAGCAGAACGGUGGGUCUGCAAAAAAGCCUCUGCCCAGAAGACUCACUGGGUGAACCCCAGACCGAUGAUGCCACAGGAACAGAGGACUCUGGGCGCCACACAGGCCAAUUGGAGGGCCCACUGGUCUACCAAAGUGAGAGCACCGGGGUAGUGUUUGACUGGAAACAAUCAGAUGAGAGUAGCAGCUGUGUCCUCAAUACACAAACUGAGAUGCCGUGCACAGCUCCAGACCAGGUGGAGCAGGAAGAUAACCUCACAUCGGACCGGAUGCAGCAUCUUCUGCAGGAACAUUCUUAUUCAGAGGCACCUGCCCAGGCCCCUGGGGAGGAGGCCUCCCAAAAUGUCAGUUUGAGUCCUCCUGUCCAGGAGAUGGUGGCAGAUAAUGCCACCAGUCACAGCAGAAUGACUAGUCUGCAAAAAAGCCCCAGUCCAGGAGCCACACCCUUGAGUCAGAACAAACUCUACAAAGAGGAUCUCAUAGGAGUAGAGGAAUCUGGAAGCAGCACUUGUCAGUCAGGGGACGGGGCAGAGGCAAGUAGUCCAGAUCACAUCCCCUCCUCCGCAGUGCCGAAGCCAAACCUGAUGGCCUCGUCACAAGCCUCAGACGGGCGCAAGCACAGUCCAGCGAGGAAGUCUGAACCCUCCUUGGAGGAGGCUCACAAGGGCAUAGUCUGCAGGGAUGAGCGGGGCAAUGACGCAGACCUACGGAAAGGAAGUCACAUAGUAAGCAAGAUGGAGGAAGAUCACUCUGGAGAGCUCUCCUCAGUGGCCUUGCACGGUGACCCUGUGAUUGGUCGGUAUGCGAGUGUGGAUGACCGAAAGCUGCCUGAUGAGAGCAGCAGCUGUAUCCUCAGUGCAGCAACUCUAGAGAUGCCUGACCAGGCCCAACCGAAAGAUGAGCACAUAUCCAUCAGGAUUCAGCAUCUUUCGCUGGAGGGUCCCAUUUCAGCGGCGUCCACAGAGGUUUCUGGGAAUGAUGCGUCCCAAAAUGGCCCUGUCCAGGAGGCAAAAAACCCCAGCCCAGAAACCACGCUCUCAAGUCCAGAUGAACCCCAGAUAUUGGAGGAUGUCACAGGAACAGAGAAUUCUGGGUGCAGCAUGUCCCAGUCAGAAGCUGGGGCGAGCAGCCAGGACCAUGUGCCCUCCACAGCACUGUCAUGCGCAGAGACUGAGCAGAAGGAGGGCCACAUGCUGAUUUCAGCCACUUCACAAGGCUUAAAAGAGCAGGGCAUGGGUCCGGAGUGGAAGUCUGAACCCUCCUUGGAGGAGGGUCAGCAGGCCACUCUCCCCGGCGGCGAGGGGGGCAACGACACGGACCUCCAGAACGGAAGUCUUGAGGUGAUCGUGGCGGAGGCGGCUCUCUCUGGAGGUGGAGAUUCUGAGGUUAGCAGCGGCUGUCCGUCGGGCACGACUGAAGGCCCAGAUAGCAGUGGCCCAUCCACGUGCCCGCAGAUCUGGGAUCUCACCGUCUGGGAGAUACAGGUGCCAAAGCUGCUUGUGGGGAGAUUAAUUGGGAAGCGGGGACGAUAUGUGAGCUUCCUGAAACAAAAGUCCGGAGCGAAGAUCCAUAUUUCCCCAAGGCUUUACGCUCAGGAGUUUCAGAUAUGUCACAUAGAAGGGACGAAGCAGCAAGUGCACAAAGCAUUGGGGCUGAUUAAGAAGAAGUUUGAAGAUCUGGAUCUUGGCAAUGUCUACUCACCUCCUGCAUCCAAACUUCCUUCCUUGCCCAUAACGUCCUGGCUGCUGCUUCCCGACAAGGCGCUGGUGGAUGUUACCGUGGUGAAGGUUGUGUCGGCGAGUCGCGUGUUCGUCCAGCAGCCAAACCACCCAUCUUACCCGGCGCUGAGCGCGCUCAAUGAGGACAUGCGCCUGUGCUACUCUCAGCCUGCGCCUGGUCUACCCUCCCCCACUGAGGCCGGCGUCAUCUGUGCUGCUCCUGGGACAGACGGGGCGUGGUGGCGGGCGCAGGUCAUAUCCUUCCACAAAGACUGCGACGAGGCAGAGAUCCGAUAUGUGGACUACGGCGGCUACCAUAGAGUGAAGAUGGGCACCCUGCACCAGAUAAGGUCAGACUUUGUGACAUUACCGUUCCAAGGAGCCGAGGCGGUAUUAAGCAACCUGCAUCCAUUACCAGGAGAAGAUGGGUUUUCAGCGGAAGCGAGUGCCGUGCUUGAGGAGAUGACAAGAGGGGCCCCUCUGCUCGUGCAGGUGACCAGCUACAGCGACAGCGGCAUUCCUUUCAUAGAGAUGUGGAAGGUGGUCAAGGAGGAGCUGGUGUCUGUGAACCGCACUCUGGUGGAUCGUGGACUCGCCUCUUGGCUGGAAAGCUUCUGAGUGCCGCCCAAAAUGGACAUCACGCACAACUGACCAAUGACCUGCAUCGUUUCCCACAGGCCCCUCCCUCUUUCUUUUCUAGCCACUUCAUGUUGGAGUUUAGCCUUGACCUGUUGACUGGUUUUUAUUAGCCACAGAUGUUACAAGCCUGAUUUUGCUAUAUGUUCCCCUCUUUUGGAAGUUGUUUUUAAAACUCUUAAGCGAAAUUAAAUUGCGAAGAUUUGAAAGUCAGCAUUCUGUAUGUCAAUAAGGCCGUUUCCUUCCUACACUGAACAGUCUCAGAAAUGGAAAAGGCCAGAAUAAUGUGUGUGUUUCUUGUAAAUGUAAAGAUAUUGUAGGAUUUAAUAAAGAUUGUCAAGAUUUCCAUA